GUCGCUCAGAGACUUUUAAGUGACUUUUCCAAAGUAAGACCGCUUUUCGAAAGACCAAGCCACUUUUUGGGAUCACACAAACAACAACACACAACACACGAUCACUACCAACGCAACCUCACAAUACAACCGUAGUUCGAUAGAAGAUUGAAUGAGCGCUUCAUUCUCAUCUUCUCUCUCUCUGUUUCUGUUGUAGUUGUGCUGCUGUUGCUAUUCCUUGUUGCCAUCUCUUCUUGUCGUCAAGAAUAAAAGAUCAAUUUCUUGUGAGCGAGAGCGCCAUGAACACACAAAGAACGAGCAUCGCCGCCGAAAAACGAGUCACGGAUGAUCAGGACUCAACCUUGAACAUUUACUCCACCAAUGACGCCAACGCCAACAUGCCCCUUCAGCAGCCGGCUGUGUCUAGCAAGGCUACCACGAUAUGCACCGGUACUAGCAGUACUAGUACUAGUGCUGCUAGUUCUACUGAUGCUAUGCAUACUAGUAGUACUAGCUGCCACAUGCACAGCACCAUCACCCUCUACACUUCGAAUUCCUCCUCCUCCCUGAUGGACCUCGAGGAAGCUUCCUCCAACGACUCUACCACUAUGAGCAUCAAUACCGAUUUGACACCUACAAGGAGGCACCGGAACCACUACACAUCCACUGUCAUUGGCGUCUGCGUCCUCCUCCUCAUGGUUGGAGCAGUCGUGCUCGGGAUUGGAGUCGGCACGGCAGGAUGGUUCGGCUCGGAGGAGUCACUGUCACUCUCCACGACCGCAACCCCGAAGAACCACACCGCGACAAGCCCCACAACUACUAGUACGGCAGUUACUAGCGCUACUAGUAGCACUCGUACCGGUACGAGCACUAGCAGUCCCACUGCAAGUCCAUCCUCUUUCGCUACUCCUGAGAUCACCGUUUCAGCCACCGCUGGCAGCAGUCCCUCUGUUUCCAGUACUAGUAGUCCCACCGUUGUCACAAAAGUCGUGGGAGGAUGGAGUGUUUCGGACCCACAGCAGUACAACUUCUUUGGGGACUGGUGGUGGGGUUGUGGCUGUUCGCUGGUGGCCAAGGAUGUUGUUCUCACCGCGGCACAUUGCGAGGACUCGAGACUCAGAGAUAGAAUCUCAUUCAAUACCACUCAAGUCGAAGACAGUGGAGGGGACACCGUGGUCGCUAAACCUGUCGACUACAAAAUACAUCCACAGUACAACCCAGGGCAAGGAGAAUUCUAUGACUUUAUGCUGCUCAAGCUAGAGGAACCUGUGGAAGGCAUUAAACCAGUGCGAUUGAAUGACAGUCCAAGCGUUCCCAGAAAUAACCAACGCUUAGAUGUGAUCGGAUAUGGAUGGACUGGAGAGUUCACGGGACCCAGCGACACUCUGCAACAAGCGGAGGUUGACUAUAUUCAAAAUUGUGACGAAGAACCAUACGUCUAUGCGGGCUACGAUUACCUUCAUCCACAACCCACUGGUGCACACCUUUGCGCGGGACAUGACGAUGGUGGCAUCGACUCGUGUUUUGGAGACUCGGGAGGACCGCUCUUCUACUUUGAUUCAGACACUUUCGACUACGUACAGGUGGGAGUUACGUCCUGGGGUGAUGGAUGUGCGAGGCCGUAUGCACCAGGAGUAUAUGCUAGAGUGUCCACUGCAUAUGAUUGGCUCGAGGAUACCAUCUGUGACAUGACCGAUCAUCCUCUUGUCAUGUGUGGCACUGCCACCACCAACGAUCCCAAUGGGAACUCGAACGGAAACUCGAAUGGAAACUCAAACGGAAACUCAAACGGGAGCUCAAGCAGUCAGGGUUCACUGGUAUCCAUCAACAUUCAAAUCCCCAACAUGGCACCAUCAACAGACGCACCGACCCAAGAACCAACAGAGCAACCGACACCGCAGCCGACACCCCAGCCGACCCACUCAACCGCCUUUUCUUAUGGUUCGGUCAACAUUCAACUUCCGGGGUGGACCCUCGCGCCAGCUUCACCAGCACCUUCCAUGCAGCCAUCGGUCCAGCCUUCUCUGGCACCUUCGGAAGCCCCUUCCAUUUCGCAAGCCCCUUCCAACCCCCCAACAAACCCAACAGUUACUACAACAGAGGAACCAUCCACAACGCCAACGGUAGCGUCCACGAAUCAACCUUCGCAUUUACCUAGCACUGCACCCUCACAGGCAACAACGGUAGCGUCCACGAAUCAACCUUCGCAUUUACCUAGCACUGCACCCUCACAGGCAACAACAGUAGCGCCCACGAAUCAACCUUCACUUUUGCCCAGCACAAUGCCCUCACGUGCAACAUCAAAUGUUCCAACGGAACUUCCAACAGAUAUUUCAACGGAUCCCCCCACAAUUCCUACUUCGGAACCCGCCACCAAUCCACCCACAAGCGCUCCCACUGAUUCUGUGACCACUCCGCCUACUCAAGCUCCAACUGAUUCUGCCGCCACCGAUCCACCCACAAGUGCUCCAACUGAUUCUUCGAGCAAUCCGCCUACUCAAGCCACAACCACGCCACCGACUAAUAUCCCUACGCAAACUGCCACGAACCCACCUACCGUUCCCUCAACGACGCCUGUCUCUAUGGUACCCACUAGCGACAUCCCGCAAAUGGCUGCUGCAAUGGCACUCCCACAAGGUUCUCUCGCACCUUCGCAAGCUCCUUCGAUUUCGCAAGCUCCUUCUACUUCCCAGGGUCCUUCCAUGUCGCAAGCACCUUCCAUUCCUCCAACAGAGGAACACUCCGAAACACCAACGUUAGCACCCUCGAAUAAACCUUCAGGUUCCCCUAGCACAGCGCCGUCACAGGGAACAACAAGUGUGCCAAGGGAACUUCCAACAGUGAUGUCAACUCAACCUUCCACAAUUCCUUCUAUGAAACCAGCCACCAAUUCUCCUUCCGGUGUUCCUUCUGAACCCUCCUCCACGGGUGCACCCACAAUUGAUCCAACUGAUUCUGGGACCAAUCCGCUCACUUAAAUUAACCCGUGACCACACCUCCGACUAUGCAACCUGAUGACACCAACCAACCGACCUUUCCCUCUACCAGUAUGGCUCUCCUGCCGGUCAAUACAACUGACCGAAGCUGAUUUUGACGCUGACGCUGACACCAUCGCUAGCAUCGAAACAUCACGGCCGACCCUCUACUGUAGUUUAGACAUACGGUUGCACAGAACCUAUGGGGGGUGAUCGCAACAAAGAAUCGCAUGUCUUGUUGUGGGGUUUGGGAGGAAAACUAGCGUCGAGUCGAGCCGUAUCAUAGUCUCGAGGUCAGGGGGUGGCACUUUUCAGAAGUGGAAGGGCUGACGCUUGGGAUCCAAGAAAAUAAGAAAGAAAUCCGUGAGGUUAUGUUACUCCCUCGUUCCUUUUCGAGGGAUUCCUUCUUUUGAAAAGUCUACGCGCUACGGCGAAUGUUUUAAAAACUCGAUAUGACCCAGGCACUCAAACAAGGUCUUCAAACCACCUGCGUGGCUUCGUUCACGUGCUAGCACUGCCUACUAGUAGUAAACCCAGCUCUUGUGGCUUGACAAUCGUUGCUCGUGAUGAUUGUGGGGUUAGUUGACUCCAGCGAUCAAGCUAUUGGGCGAUAUUCAAUCUGCCGUGUUUUAAAAACUUGCUCUCAGCCAGCAACUCCUCGAUGCAUCAUGGGACUCAUGACAACACACAAAAAAACGACAUAGCAAAACAUAUGCCGCCCAGGUAUUGAUCCAUCCGCCAAAGGCUCACCUUGAGCUAAGGGCGCAGUGACUGGAAUCAAUGAACACGUCGGGCACUGACGAUACCGUACGGUAGGCUGGAGGAACUCAGAGGAUCAAAGCCAACAUGACUGGAUCCAUGAAACGCACCAAUGCCGCCAACAUGUGGUCUGCUUUCUCUUGGCAGUGGAACACAACGGGACGACAAGUCGUCUGAUAGAAGCAAGCAACGAACCAAAUAGCUACAAAAGACGCCAGAGUACCUUCCAUGGAAACUCAUACGCUACUAGCACUACCAAAUGGGGGAAUCCGACAACCACGAGAGUCACUCCGUCCUGCACGAACCAAAGGUGGUGCCAUGAUACUUUCGCUCACGGCUUCUGCUACAUGUACUGGUACAUGGAUUUUUUGGGCAAGGAGUUGACUUGUCACAGUAUCGGUCCUGAGCUGGCAAUGGGGUCCUGCAUCGCGGAUAAGACAAUUGACUCCGAGUCUCUGUCAACAAGGCAACAUCCCAAUGCCCCCGCCAAAGCUGCUGCCAAACGUAAGCGCCUUUGCAGUUCAGAAAUUCAGUCAUGGAUAGUCCUCUCCUGCGAGUUGGGUGAUCGUUCUUCAGAAGUGUCGUGUCACAACAACUACUCCCUGUAAAUUAUUUUGUGCCACCGGUACCUUCGGUUCAAUCGAUCCAAUUGAAUGAUCAUUCAAAUCAAUCCAUUCCCGCCGCUUGGAGCUUCUACAAAAGAAAGCCAAGCAAGCAACAGCAAAAUUUAAUCAGCGAUGUCGGAGCAACGUAGCUGCCAGUCCAGUCCAGGUUGUACCGGUGCUUCAAGGCUUCUUCAAGCACGCAAUACGUAAUGAGUCCCAGCAGCAUUUGUCUUCCUUUUUCCCACUAACUUGGAACCUUGCAACGAUGCAACGACGCAAAGUUAGACUACCGUAGCCGAAACAUGUUGUGCCGGAACAUUAUGUUACUGGUACAACAAUAGCCUCUCUGACACUCUGACACGCAAAGUUUAAUGAUGCAUACAUACUCGGGAGGAUCAUAAAUCCUGCUCCUACGAAAAUACAACAUUCAACAUUCAACGACGUCUUCUUUUCUCCAAGAAAGGCCUGCUACUGUACCGUAGGACGACCAUUAAUUUUUCCGAAAAUCCAAGAUUCAACUCCGUAACUCAGUGGCGACGAUAGUAUGUACUCUGUACUCAUCAAUGCCAAAUAUUAACGCCACUUCCAUUGGGUUGCAGACCUCGAACUUCGAUGCGCGGAUCCCUCUUGUGGAUCUGUCGCUGAUGUACCGGUACCGUUAGAUCCAUCGAUGGCUCAGCAUUGCGCACCAUCAAAUUGUUAGAUUGAUUUCCGCCAACUCAGGUAGAACUGUAUUUAAGCUUUUUACAAUUUUUGUGCGAGCCACAAGGAUUUAAAGGCGAUGAAUGUUGCCCGGGACUUUAUGUCAGUUUACCGUUACAAGGAACACAAAUGGCAAUUUCGAUGGUUCUUCACAUGUAUGAAAAGAAUUGUAAUAAAUCCUGUUUCUUCGACAAACAUGACGUACGUUUUGCAAGCUUACACUGUACUCAGUACUGAGUCUAUACAGUACUCGUUUCGCUGAG